AUGGGAAGUCUAGCAGAAGAAAUUUUGGCAAUAUCAAGGUAUAAGGGUUGUGUAAUACAUAUUAUUGACUAUGGUUUUCUUUUAGCGGAAAAUCCACAACUGACAAUAUGGUCCUCCAGCUACAGCAGUAAAAGUUUGGUCUCUUUUGUUGAGAGUACUAGAAAUUCAGGUGAUAACAAUUAUUCCCCUGCUAUAUUAACAAUAAUGAUAUGUUCUGAACAAAAGAGUAAUUUAGGUAAAUUUGAACUAAGCAAAGUUAGCAAGUACUUUUGUAGAAUAGAAUUUGAGCUGGUAAUUACUAAGCAAUAUCCAGCAGAGGGCCCAGAAAUAUCUUUUCUAGCUUUUCAUAAUAUAUGCAAGGCUGAAAGAUAUAUUAUUAAGGAUAUUGUGCAUAAGUAUAUAUCAUCUAACAAAGGGAAUUUUGUCCUGAAUGGUAUUGUAGAUACAUUACUAAAUUAUUUGAACAGGCAAACCCCUUUAAGUAUAAAACCUAGCAAAAAAUACUUUGAGGAUGUGCAUUUAGAUGAUAUGUGUUUAUCAAGUUUAUUUGAGAGUACACAAGUUGUUACUGAGCAUCAGCCAUUAUCUGAGUCUUUUCACGAAGUUACGAUAACAUCCCAAUUAGGUAAUACUAAUAGCAGAUUAGAUAAUGACUUUGAAGUUUUGGAAAUUCUAGGAUUUGGUGGUUUUGGAUCUGUUUUUCGGGUUCGUGAAAAGGCAGGUGGAAGAUGUAUUUAUGCAAUAAAAAGGAUUCCUUUGAAGGCAGCAAGUACCCGAGAAAAUCAGGUGCUAAUUAAUGAAGCAGCUAUGCUAGCUUGCCUAAACCACGAUAAAAUUGUUAGAUACUAUCAAGCAUGGACUGAAGGACCACGAGAAAUUAGUUUCAACUUAGAUCAAGGUGACAUCACUUCACUGAAUAAAGUUCAACAUCAGACUAGUAAUUACGAAAAUAAAAUGAAUUUAUCUUUUCUAAAGUCAAUCUCUAGUAUAUCAGAGAUAAAUUUACAAAGAUUAUCUAACAGAAGCACUGACAAACAUUGCAAUGUGAAUAGUGAUCUUGAGAUUUCUCUUAAUAGCAAGGAAUGUAGAGCAAGGGAAUAUACAAUUAAACAAUCUAUGAUAUACCUUUAUAUUCAAAUGGAAUAUUGCCCAGGUGAUACUCUUCAAACUGCAAUAAAUAAAGGACUUCUAUAUAAAGAUCACUAUCUAAUAUGGCAUUUAUUUUAUCAGAUAAUAGAAGGUCUUUCAUAUAUUCAUGGCAAGGGAGUAAUCCACAGGGAUUUAAAGCCAUCUAAUAUAUUUUUGAAACUCGAACGUGAUACAUUGGAGGGGCAUGCUGAUAUUUCAUUACCAAAAAGUAAUAAAUCUGUUGAAUCAAGAGCUGUUGAUAUUGUAAAUAGUGUAGAUAAAGCAGAUCGUCUAGAUCAUCAGUGUUUUCUGGUCAAAUUGGGAGAUUUCGGCCUAACAACAUUUGUUCAUGCCGGUAGCAAUACAGAUAAACAUGACGCUGCAAAUUUUAAGAUAAAUGGAGAUUCUUCUUUUAAAGGGUAUUUAUCUUCUGGUGUAGGUACGAUGUUUUAUAUGGCUCCUGAACAAGCUAAUGGAAAUAUCUAUGAUCAAAGUGCAGAUUUAUUUAGUAUGGGUGUUAUAUUAUUUGAAAUGUUCUACCCACCAUUUCAAACAGAAAUGGAGAGAGUUGCUGUUCUUAGUUCCUUGACACAGAGACGUGAAUUUCCAUAUAACCACAAGAUUCCAUCACGUACUAUUUCACUCAUUAGAGCAUUACUGAGCCCUAUUCCGUCUCAUAGGCCAACAGCCUAUCAACUACUUUAUAAUGAAUGGAUACUUGAGCAAUCUGGAAGGUCUGUUAAGACUGAUUCACUUAUAGGUUAUAAUUAUGCAAAGUUCUCUGAAGAUAGCGAUAGAGACAAAGCUAUAUCUGCAGUUGUUAAAACAAAUGGGUUCCUGAAUAGUCGAGAAAAUAUAGCUUCAAAGAUAUGUAGUAUUAUUCGCCGUAAUCCGUACUCAACUGAAUCAAUACAGGUAAUAUCAACUUUAUUUUCUCUAGGUAAAAGAUUGGCUGCGAAAACAGCUUCAUUCGGUAGGAUGGUUGACCCCGUAUAUGACCAAUUUGCAUAUGUACAAUAUAACAGCUUUCCAUAUGUUUCGACACUAUGGAAGUUAAGAUCUAAAUUAAUACAGUGGGUAUCUACCUCUUUCAAACACCGUGGUGCUGUUGAAGUAGAAGUUCCUUUACUACGGCCAAACAUUCCUGAACCAAGUUUUUCCUUUCUUACCAGUGAAUUUUCAUCACUUGUAAAUAACUGGAAGAAUGAUAUUAGAGAUAGUUUGAAUACUCACCCUGAAGUGAAUAAAGCAAAUCAAUCAAAAACUACUCUACUUAGAACAGAAGUAUGUAAGGCUUCAAGUGACUUAAAUAACUCUCAUGCUGCUAACUUUGAGGAGAACAUGAAUUCUCAAUCUCCACUUAUUUUGGAUAAUUGUGGUAUACCAUUAGUUCUUUGUUCUCAAUUACUUCCUAAUAUGGCUAUUCUGUUGGGAGAUGGAAGAGGUCUCAAAAGUGGGGCUGUUGUUAAACGUUGGUGUAUUAGUAGUAACAUAUUUUUAGAAUGUAAUGGAAUUUCGAUUGACAGCAAUGAGAAUACUAGAUCUCUAUUUUCCAACAAUAGAACUAUUUUAAAUGAUAAAUGCUUGAAUUUUAAUGGAGAAUCUUAUGAUCACCCAAAAAAUACAUUAGCUGCUGCCUAUGAUAUAGUUGUUAAGAUUGAUGAUGCGAUAGAAGCCGAAUUCUUAGAGCAAAUUCAAGAUCAAGUACAAGAAAAAGAGUUCAUUGGGUACUCAAAGAUGCUGAAAUCGAAAUAUCUAUCAAUUGGUCAUAAUACAAUAGCUCCUCUUUCAUACUACAACAUAGUUAUGUACUAUGACUUAGAACUAAUUCUAACUGCAAUAGAUAUUUUGAGACCAUUUGAACCUUGGAUAGGCAAACAAAAGUGUAUUUGGGGAGAUUCACAGCUUUUUACUGUUUUAAUGGAAGAUUGGGUAGGAUUAACAAGUGAUAAAGCAAGUUACUUUCAAGCUUGGUUACAAGACAUAAUCCCUAAGGGACUCUCUAAACAGAAAUUUUAUGAUACUUUAUGGCAUUUUGGAAAGAUAUCACUGGCAGAAUCUGCAACUGCACAUAGUGAAAGUAGUACUAGAAACUGUUUCACAUGUUCUGAUUCUACUGAAUCGACACUACCUUCACCUUAUUUUAUUGGGCUUACGAUUUUAUUGCACCCAACUGUACUAGAAGUAGUAGCUGAGUGGUUAUGGCAAAUAACAUUUGAAUUUGAAGGAUCAAUUAGAGAAUUUGUGGAUCUUGUUUACUAUGGAUCGAAGGCUAUAAGCGAAUCAUUUUAUACUCAAAAGAAAAAGUACAUGGCAACUGCAAUUGAUGAAUCACAUAGGAAAACUGUAUCUAAAGUUACCUUCCCAAAUUCUUGGAAUCUAUUGAACCAAGCAGACACAAGUGUAUUAGUUAACGAAGCAGAUGAGAAGACUACUCAUUUUCCAUACAAUAAUUGGUCAGCAUAUAUAACGCCUAAUUUGUCAACAAUACUUUAUCGGAUUCUCUACUUUGAUGAAGCUGUAGCUAAAACAUUUAGCUCAUCAAUUACAUGUUCUAUUUACUUUGAUCCACUUUUAAUUUCUGGCUCAACAUUUUUUAAUAGUGGUUUUUUUUUCUAUAUAUAUACUGUACUGUCAACAUAUAGUGGAGGUGAUACCUUAUCAUAUGCUAGAAUUUAUAGACAAUAUAGUGAUCAAACAAAGAGAAUAGGAUCUUUUUGCAAAGCUGGGUCCACUGUGGAAUAUGCUGUAGGGUAUAGCUCAAAUAUUAAUUCGUCAUUUACAGCCCAACAAGUGAAUCUAGGAGAACUUUUAGUAAAGGGUGGUAGAUAUGACGAUUGGUAUAUAAGAGCUAACAGACACAGUAAUAUUUUUAAAUUUAGUGCAAAUUAUCAAAAAGUAGACAAGAUAUCAGCCGUCGGGUUUGAGAUAUUUCUUGGGAGAAUUCUACAGAAACUAUUUUUAUUUCAUGAAAAAGACUUUAAGUACUUAAUGAAUUUCGAUAGAACUCGUAUUCAAGUUGAGCAAGCAGACUUUCUUUAUAUAAACCAAAAUAACCCCCUUGUGUAUAUUAUCGCAAGAGACAUCCGUUUUCAAGUAAGUGCUCUAAAAUUAAAGCAACUGUUAAGCAAUAAGGGAAUAAGGUGCCAAAGAAGAAUUAUUGGUAACUUUGAUGGAUGGAAAAGUAGGAAUUGGCCUAAAUUGCUAAAUGUAAACACUCACUGGAUUGUACUUAUAUAUAGAGGUAAUAUUGGAGAUUCACGGAAACUACUAAAUUUAGGUAACCCUAACUUUAAUGCGUCAUAUAUUGAUGCCAAGUACAAAAUUGAGUUCUGUGGUGGUAAUAUAGAAGUCAACCAAACAAAUGUAAUUCGAAGCUUUAUUAAAAAUUGGUCUAGUUCACAUUUGAGUUCACUAGAUAUUACACUAGAUAAUGAAAAUGAAGUGCUAGAUUUUUUCACAAGUUAUUAUAAUAUAAUUUCUCAUUAA